AAAAUGGCUAUUGCUGUCGAGGAUAAAUCUAAACGUUUGGGACGUUGGUAUUUUGGUGGUUUGGCCAGUGCUGGUGCAGCCUGCUGUACACAUCCUUUGGAUUUGGUAAAGGUAGCCUUGCAAACACAACAAGGCAAAUUGUCCGUGGUGCAACUAACAGCCAAAGUUGUACGUGAACAAGGUGUCCUGGCCUUGUAUAAUGGUCUAUCCGCUUCCGUUUUACGUCAAAUGACAUACUCAAUGACUCGUUUCGGUAUCUAUGAGGUGGGCAAGCAACAUAUUAACACAGAUACGUUCAUGGGUAAAAUUACAUUGGCCAGUUUGUCGGGCUGUUUUGGUGGUAUUGUUGGAACUCCAGCGGAUAUGGUUAAUGUCCGUAUGCAAAAUGAUGUUAAAUUGCCAGCUGAGCAAAGGAGAAAUUAUAAAAAUGCAGUUGAUGGGCUCAUUAAGGUCUAUCGUCAAGAGGGAUUCAAACGUUUGUUCUCCGGUGCCACAACAGCUACUGGUAGAGGUGUUUUGAUGACCAUUGGUCAAAUUGCUUUCUAUGAUCAGAUUAAAUCAAUGCUUUUGGCCACACCACACUUCCAAGAUAACUUGGCGACACAUUUCACAGCAUCGUUGGCGGCUGGUGCCAUUGCAACAACCCUCACCCAACCCCUGGAUGUUUUGAAGACACGUUCUAUGAAUGCCAAACCCGGAGAGUUCAAAGGACUGUGGGAUAUUGUCAAGUUCACCGCUCGUUUGGGACCUCUUGGCUUCUUCAAGGGUUAUAUUCCAGCUUUCGUACGCUUGGGUCCACACACAAUUAUAACCUUUGUCUUUUUGGAACAAUUGCGUCUAAACUUUGGUGUUACACCCCAACUAAAGGCGUAAAUGUUGUUCUCAAACGCCGCACAUUUCUAA